GCCUUCCUGCUCUAGAAUGGAUUGCUUCAACACAAGCAGAGGACUUAAUUCGUCUCUCCAGCUUCUCAACCUGGUGACUUCCAUCCCUUUGUUUUUCUUCGGUCUCAUCUGCAAUUUUAUUGCCUUAUGGGUUUUCUGCUGCAAACUGAAGAAAUGGACAGAAAUGACUGUUUUCAUGGUGAAUUUAAUAAUAUCUGAUAUCUUGGCUGUGCUAACCUUACCAUUUAGAGUAUAUGCUUACAUGUAUACCUGGAACUUAGGGGAUGAGACAUGCACGGCACUCUUAAUCUUAUAUUAUAUAAAUAUGUACAUGAGCAUUUUCAUCAUCACUGCAAUAUCUAUUGAUCGAUACAUUGCUAUCAGACAUCCUCUGAAAUGCAAAAGGUGGAGGUCCCCAGUAAAAGCUACAAUUACAUGCUGUGUCCUCUGGUCUGUCUUAAUUAUCAUUGGUGUAACAAAUUCUCUGUAUAGCAAAGACUACGCAGUGGACACCUGCUUCCAGAAAGUCAACACGGAACCCUUUGCGAUAUCUCUAGUCUUUGUUUUGCUUGGAUUCACUCUACCACUGAUCAUUAUCAGCUAUUGUUCUGUACAAGUCAUAAUAACACUCCUCAGGAAAAACUCAUCAGAUGCGUUAAAGAAAAAAUCGAAAGCCUUGAAAAUAAUAAUCUCUAACUUGGUUGUGUUUGUUAUUUGUUUUUUACCAAUUCACGUGGGAUACACCUUACGCUUUGUGACUGACUCUCUCAAUGCAUCUUGCCAUACACGGCAACAGAUUAAUGUUUACAUUCAUGUAACAACGUUGUUGGCAAACGCCAACUGUGUCCUUGAUUGUGUGUGUUAUUUCUUCGCAGCUAGUGAAUUCUGGGAGAUUGUGUUUAUGAACUAACCAUGUUAUUUGCUUACUAUAAAGUUGCCAAUAAAAAUUCAAUUAAAAAAAAUGUAUAUACUAAAUGGUAUAGUGAUGCUAUAAGCAGAAAGAUACAUCUGAAUAUAGCCUGCUGCCUUUUCAAAGAAACAUGGAGAUCAGGCCAGCUGAAUAAUUUGGGAUUUGCAAGGUGUUUAAUAAAAAAGAAAGGUC